AUGCCGCACUUCCUGGACUGGUUUGUGCCUGUCUACCUGGUCAUCUCAGUCCUCAUCCUGGUGGGCUUCGGCGCCUGCAUCUACUACUUCGAGCCCGGACUGCAGGAGGCGCACAAGUGGCGCAUGCAGCGCCCUCUAGUGGACCGUGACCUCCGCAAGACACUGAUGGUCCGUGACAACCUGGCUUUCGGAGGACCCGAGGUCUGA